GUGAACGGGACUUUUAUUUUGGAAUGACUGAAUGACGUCAUAAGGCUGCGCCAUUAACCAAACGCGAAACUUGUAACUCGCCUGAAGAAAGAGAAACUCCCGGUGAAGUGACUGAGAUCCAUAAAGAUGGCGUUUAUUAAAGAGGAGAGUGAAGACAUCAGGAUUGCAGAGGUUUUCAGCUUGAAACAAGAAGAUACUGAGGAACAAACAGAGUUGAUUAAAGAAAAUGAGGACAAUGAAGAAUUGAGUGAAUCUGAGGGGAAAAAUCACUUCAAAACUGGAGAAAAACCUUUGAGUUGCUCUCAAAGCAAACAGAUAAUUUUAAGGAAAACAAGAACCAAGAAAUCUUUCACCUACACUCAGUGUGGAAAGAGUUUGACAUGCAAAUAUAAUCUUAAGUUUCACAUUAGAGUUCAUACUGGAGAGAAACCAUACAAGUGUUCACAAUGUGACAAGAGAUUCAGUCAGUCAGGAGCCCUGAAAAGACACGAGAUAAUUCACACUGGAGAGAAACCGCACACAUGUGAUCAGUGCGGGAAGAGUUUUGCACAAACAGGAAACCUCACGGACCAUAUGAGAGUUCAUACUGGAGCGAAACCGUUCACUUGUGAUCAGUGCGGGAAGAGUUUCACACGAUCAUCAACCCUUAAGCAUCACAUGAACAUCCACACUGGAGAGAAACUGUACACAUGUGAUCAAUGCGGGAAAACAUUUUUGAGAGCUUCAAACCUGACGAAUCACCUGAGAGUUCAUACAAAGGAGAAGCCUUCAUGUUAUUUGUGUGGAAAGAGUUUUUCACAUGUACAAAGUUUGAAAGAACAUCAGAAAAUACACACUGGUGUGAGAGAGUACAUGUGCUUUGAGUGUGAGAAGACUUUUACUACAGCGAGCCGUUUAAAACAGCAUGAGAUGAUUCACUCUGGAGUUAAACCUUACAAGUGUUCACACUGUGACAAGAGAUUCAAUCAUUCAGGACACCUGAAAACACACGAGAGGAUUCACACUGGAGUAAAACCAUAUAAGUGUUCACACUGUGACAAGAGAUUCAGUAAUUCAGCAAAUCUGAAAACACAUGAGAGGAUUCACACUGGAGAGAAACCGUAUCACUGCACUACAUGUGGGAAGUGUUUCAGUGAUUCAUCUGCUCUACGCAGACAUACAAAAAACAGUCACAGUAAAGUAGAUCAUCUUCAGAUCCAGCACUUUCAGGUCUGAUUUGUGUCAUCACCAAAAGUGACAAUAAUGUAUCAAGCAGUAAAAUAUCAUCUGGAUAAAUCUGUUCUAACCAGACAUUACAAGGGGCAUGACAAAGAAACAUUAUCUAAAGUUUUCACUGUGAAUAAAGUUCAUCUUCAAAACCAGCAGAUUCAACUGAGAUUCAGAUCAACUCAAAGAUGGAGUUCCUCCCCAAAGAACAAUGUCAGAAAGUUUAAUUCUUUUAUGUCAUUUUAUUUCAUGAUAUAAGUCAUAUCAUUGUGCUUUCUUAUGGGUUUCAUAUCGUUCGAUUGUCUUAUAAUGCAUAUGUGUCACUUGUAGUUGUUACUCUUUCAUGAAGGAAAGCAGAAGUUUUUACAAACUGUCCUUGUUCAGGAAGAUGAAGAAGAGACUAACACAUUUAAGAAAGACAGGUUUAUUUUAUCUAUCAGUCCGAAUGCCCAUCAUCAUCGAGCUGUCGCGUCAAUACUCACGUCUCAAUCACCAAAUUAUAUUUUUGCCUGAACUCUCACGUUAACUUUCAUUGAAGACUCUCCGGGCCUGCUAUCAAAAUCACAGCUGCAAUCCUCUUUCAGCAUUCCUUCAUCACUACAUCAGCCUACACCAUGAUAUGUAUUCAUAUUGUUUUAUGCAGUUGGGUGUAGAAUUUAUCAUUUUUGCAAGGGUAUUCACACGCAUCUGUUUAAGACAAAGCGUUUGGUUUACAAAGUGAGCGCUUGUUGUGUGACUGUUCGUAUAUCAGUUUAAUCUAGCAGACUAGUGCUGCAUGUUUAACCCAAUUUGAACCCAGCCUUGGAGCAAUUUUGAAAUUAAUUAAAUAAUUAUUUGCUCAGCAUAUUAUUGGUGAAAUACAGUACUGAGAUCAGAGUGCAUGAAUUAGUUUGCAUGAUGCUGCACGAUCUGCCUUCGCAAGCUCGGUUGCCACCUUUAACAUGCAUUUAAUAGAACACGACCAGAAAACAUGUUCAAUAUAUUUACAUAGAAAACAUAUGUAAAUACUUCUCAAUCAAAAGAGAAUAUUUAAUGACGUUUUACUCAGACUCAUUCAAUAACAUUCAGUGUGAAACGACUCUUUUGUUAUGUGACAUCAUUAGCAUUAAUAUUAUAGGCCUAUGUCAUAUUUUACUCUGAUAAAAACUAUGAUACUUGCAUUAUACAUUUUUGUGAAAAUAUCCUAUGUCUAGCACACUGUUAAGCUAUCUGUUGUCUUAAGAACUGAAGGAACAAAGACAAAAACAUGAGAUUGUUUUAUUUGCAUUUAUUCUAAUACAAAAAUCUCUGGAUGCCUUGUCCUGGAAUGGGGUAGGUUUUAAAGGGUCACUCCACCCCAAAAUGAAAACUUUGUCAUUAAUCACUUACCCCCAUGUCGCUCCAAACCCGUAAAAGCUUUGUUCGUCUUCGGGACACAAUUUAAGAUAUUUUAUUAUUAUCAACUUUUAAUUGUUUUUUUUGUUUUUUUUUUACAUACAACAUCAUUCAAAAAAAAAAGACAUAAUCAAUACUUUAAAGAGUCCAGUCAAAAGGGAGAGAGAGAGGGAGGGGAAAAAAAGGCAUUCCUUUAUAUAGGGCUGGAUGAUAUGGCCAAAAUUUAUAUCACAAUAUAUUUCUUAAUUUCGGUCGAUACGAUACAAUUCCGAUAUCGAUAUGAACACUAUUAAAAAAACACAACAGAUGUCUGUACCUACAAAGUCUAUGAACUCAUCCUAUUAAACUAUAUAAUAUUUUAGGGGGGGGGGGGGAAACAGCACAAAUAAAUUAAUGUUCACCUUUUAUUUGUAUUUAGCCUUAAUACAAACAAGAAAUGUGAAAUCACUGUCAAAUAAACAUCUCAGACUCAUUAAUAUUAAUAUAUUUAACUUCAAACUAUAGGCUAACAUACACUACCAGUCAAAACAGUAAGAUUUUUUUUUUUUUUUAUUAAAGAAUUCUCUUCUGCUCACCAAGCCUGCAUUUAUUUGAUUAAAAAUACAGCAAAAACGAUAACAUUUUGAAAUAUUUUUACCAUUUAAAAUAAUUGUUUUCUAUUUGAAAAUAUUUUAAAAUGCAAGUCAUUACUGUGAUUUCAAAGCUGAUUUUUUUUUUUAGCAUCAUUACUCCAGUCACAUGAUCCUUCAGAAAUCGUUCUAAUAUUUUGAUUUGCUGCUCAAAAAAACCUUUAUUAUGUCGAAAACAGCGGAGUGGAAUUUUUUUCAGGUUUCUUUGAUGAAUGAAUGAUGAAAGAACAGCAUCUAUCUUAAAUAGAAAUAUUUUGUAACAUUAUACAUGUCUUUGUCAUCUCUUCUGAUCAACUGAAAGCAUCCUUGCUAAAUAAAAGUAUUAAUUUCUAUCAUUACAUAUAUGGCAGUUAAAAUUUGGUUGUAGUUUCAUUUUGAAUCUUUUGUAAGGAGUUAUGUAUGCUCUAUGAAUGGCUUUGAAGUGAAUAAGAUGUUUAGAUGUUAAGCUGAGGUUAGACCACACUUUCUCCAAGUCGACAGAUGAAUUAAGGUCAGAUAAUUCCCGAUUCCAAAUUGAUUUAAUAGAAAGAGGUUUUGUAAUGCAAUCAAUAAUUAUAUUAUAUAUUAAGGAAACAGAUGGCCGACCAGAAGAUGGUGCAAUCCAAUCCCGCAUAGGAUGAGAGGAGAUGGGAGAUG